AUGGCGAACCGAAGGCCAUUGCUCUCUUUGGGCAUAGCAGCCGCAGUUAUUGCGGCACAGACGAGCUUUUUGGAACCGGGGCAGUUUCGGUCUGCUGCGACACAGAGCCGGGUGACUCGAACUUGGCCGACAGUGCGAAGAUUUUCCGAAUCGGAAUCGCAAACAGAGGAGUUGUCCGAUGCGGCCAAGGCCAACAUAGAGAAACUGCAAGCAGAGAUUGAAGAGCUCAGCGGUGUCAAGGAAGAGAAGCAAGCUGCACAUUCUCGCCUCAAGCUCGAAAUCGACAAUUUUCGACAACGCACGUCAUCGGAGCUUGCGGCCGCCCGCGGUAAAGCGGCUGUCCCAUUGGUGCAAGAGCUCCUUCCUAUUGCUGAUGAGUUUGAAUAUGCCAAACAAAACUUGAAGAUCGAAACCGACGGCCAGAAAGCUGUCGUAGAGAAGUUUGAAGCGCUCUUUGACAAGAUGUUGGAGAGUUGGAAAUCCCUCGGCAUUGAGAAGAUGUCCAGUGUGGGCGAGCCCUUCAACCCAGAGCUACACGAAGCAGUUUCCAUGAUUCCUUCGGAGGAGUACAAAGAGGAAGUGGUGUGCAAUGAGCUUCGCCCGGGAUGGAUUCUGAAGACCCCAGGUUCGGAUGAGCAGCAGGUGCUGAGAGCAGCCUUGGUGACCGUCAGUGCAGGUCCUGGCCCAUCCUAG